AUGGUUGAUAUCAAGCCUGCCAAACAUGCCAGAAUGCGCGAAAGUAAGCCAGGACUAGAUAGUGCCUUCGGAAGCUCUGAAAAUCUUGCCGUCUGCCAUUUGAUUGAGCAAGCGCACAGCGUAGAUGGCCCAACAACGCUGCAGAGUCAGGCUUUAGCAUUGUAUCCAGUCCCUCUCCUUCUCCCCUGA